AUGCGCUCCUUCACCGCUAUCCUUUUGGCCUCUAUCACGUCGACUUUUGCCUACCAGGUCACCUCUCCUGGUGAUGCUCAGGGUUGGACAACUUCUGGUCCCAACUCCCUGACGUGGGUGCGCGUCGACACCGACCCAUUGAACUUCACGGCGGUGUUGACCAACCAGGCCGUCAUGCCUCAGGGUCCUCAGGUCCUCAACGCGCUUGUUGACGGCACCUUGGGCCAGAUCAUCUGCAACCCUCCAAGCGGAGGCUGGCCUCAGGGCUCUGGCUUCCGGGUCAACCUUGCAAAAGAUGCUGAAGAUCUCAACACUUUGCUCGCUCAGUCCAACCAAUUCAACAUCAAUUCAACAACUUCUUCAGGAAGCUCUAGCGCAACAUCUGGCACUUCCUCUGUUUCCUACCCGACUACCGCGGUAACCCCGACCACUGCCGUCGCAUCUAGCACCACUUCAGAUACCAGCACCACCCCCACUAGUACUAGCGGAGCCAUCAUUGGGAUGAAUGUAGAGACGGGCUUCCUGACCGCUGUUGCAGCCUUGGCUGCCUUUAUCACCACUCAUUUCUGA